AUGCCUGUCACCGAAAGCAUCAACUUGCCGAGUUAUGAUGAGCUCGAUGUGCAGGAUGUUAACAUCUCCCAGCCCGUCCUUCUGGCAUCUGCAAGAUUCUUCGGCAAGUACUGCGAUUUUCAGUCAAAGCAGCCAUUUGUUUGUGAUCCCCAGGAGUAUAUGCUUUGCAAGUUGGAAGAAAAAGAUCCUCGAAAGUGCCUGAAUGAAGGUAAAGCGCUCACCAUGUGUGGUCACGAGUUCUUCAGGAAAGUCGGCCAAACGUGCAAACAAGAAGUCGAGAGAAUGGCCAAAUGCAUGGAAUGGACUCACGAAAACCUUAAGAUGUACUACUGUAACAAGGAGCGAAAGAUAAUGGAAGAUUGUAUGGAAAGCAAAAUGGGUAUUGAAAAACCUCCGUACGGCUACUUUUCUCAACUGCGAGUCCACGAGACUGAACGACCAAAACCCAAGUCAUUUGCCACUGAAUUUCAAAAACCUAAUGUUGGUAUGCCGCCUGACUUUCAAGAGGAAGUCAAAGAGAAAUUGGGAUCCAAGGUUCCACAAGCUUUUCAAGGUUUUGUGUAA